CAGGUAGACACGCGAUCAUCACCGUUAGAUCACUGAAGGCCUUUCAUGGCUUCAUCGUCGUCGUCACAAGCGAACUGACACGCUUGUCUCCUCUUUCUAAUGCGAUUCGUGAAGACGCUGCCACACCCUCGCCGAGAUGCCCUCGCCGGAACGGGGUAGCUCCACCGUGGCCGCCGCCGUCGUCGUCCCAUGGCUUCUCGUCUCACUGCUUGUUGGUCUUCUGCCGCUUCCCGCCGUGGGAACCUCGUGUGACCUCAGCUUUCUCCGCGGUAGCACUCUUUAUAAUUACAGCUUGGCGUUGCCGAUCAAGAAUUACCCUCAUGGCGCCCUUAGCGAGGAUGGGUUUUACAAGGUAGCAGUCAACACAAGUUUGCUUUGGUUUCAGCUAUGCGAUUCAAUGAUAUUUAAUCAUGAUCCUCCCAGAUGCUUUAUCUGCCAGGGCUGUGGAGGUCCGUCAGGUUGUGGUACAGCUUGCAGUGCACUAGUAUCAAAUGACAUUGGAGGAUACUUUGUUUGCACCACUGUUGGACAACCAUCAAACAUAGACAUUAAACCCAUAGAUGAAGACAAUCCGCUAAAAGGUGUUAUAGUUAGGAUGUCAGCUAUUGGCCUGAAGGACAAUUGUUCACUUUCUGUUUCUGUUUUUUGUGAUAGAAAUGAAGCCCAACCACCAAUUUCUCUAGACAUACUUGGGGGGUGCAACUAUGCUACAGUGCUAAGGCAUCCAUCCGGUUGUCCCAAGAUUAUCUCUGCUAAUGGAGGAGGUUGGGGCUGGUUUAGUAUUUUAAUGACUAUACUUUUGUGUCUCUUUGGUGGAUACCUUUUGGCCGGUACCGUUUAUAGGUUCUUUUUCCUUGGAAUUCAUGGUGUUGAGGCAAUACCUAACUUGGAACUUUGGGUCAGUUUACCACAAAGAGCUUGGAUUGGUUUGUCUUCUUUAAUACGAAGAUUCAGAGGAAAUGCGCAGAACGGCCGGGGUUAUUCUUCUCGGGUUGAUUUCUAGAGAUCUUUUUUCUAUGGUGCUCGACAUACCCGAAACAGAGAGCUGAUAUCCUCCUGAUUUCUCCACCAGAGAAACUACUCAAAAGAAUUCAUCUAGUGUCAUUACCACUUUUAUAUAUUUUCCACAAAAAUUCCCGUCCAUCAAAGGUUAUGAUGCAUAUUUUUUUUAAAAUUUAUGGCCGAAUCCUAAUUGGAUUUCACAUGUGAUUGUUCAAAGAAUAUGAUACCAAAAAGGUCCUUGUAUUGAUGUGAGAGAUGGCAAAACAUAUAGGAGAAUGAACGUAAUGCACUUAACAUA